CGUUCCUGGGCGCAGCUGAGUGAGUGUGGAAAUGGCAGCGGGUGGAUCGUACAGUAUAGUGGAGUAUUUCGGCGGAGAUGAUGGCUAUCGUUGCGGUUACUGUAAACAUGAAAACGGCAAUUUAUCACACGGCAUGUGGUCCCAUAAUAUGACGGUGCAGGACUACCAAGAUCUCAUUGACAGAGGCUGGAGAAGAAGUGGCAAAUAUGUUUACAAGCCUAUUAUGAAUAAGACCUGCUGCCCACAGUACACCAUCAGGUGUCAUGCCUUGAACUUCCAUCCAUCAAAGACACACAAAAAGACCUUGAAGAGGGUGAACAAGUUCCUCUCCAAAGGAGAGAUGCCAGUAGAAAAGCAAGAUGAGGAACAUGAAGGUGUUUUAGAAGAAAUCAAAGGUCGUCUAAAGCCCCUCUCUACCAUACUUCAGAGGACAGUGGCUAUAGCUGCAGGAAAAACCCAGUCAUUUUUGUCAGGAGAGCCUAUGGACUCUGUGCAUGAAGAAGGCGUUCGGCCUCCUCCUCAAGUCUCUCUGAAUAUAGACCACAGUGAAGUACAGGACGUCACCACCAGCCCAGACACAGACACCACCAACUCAACAUCACCAACAACGCCCAGAGAAGACACAGCGCCCGCAUCUGCUGAGAAAACAUCAAUUAUGCCCAAACCAGGUAAAGGAGCCGAUCCCAGCAGGCCUCUGUGUCGGAAAGCUAAAGACAUUAGAAAAGAGAGAAGACUUCAAAAAGACCAACAGAUGCAGCAGGAAGCCGUGUCAUCUUCUCCAAAUCCAACCCCAUCAAAGUUUUCUUCAUCUAAUCAGCUCAAAUCGCUGGAGGAAUUCAUAACAGAGUCUUUACCCAGUGACUCUCUGCAUCGUUUAGAGGUGAGGCUGGUGCGCUCCAACCCUCCCAGUCCACAGUUCAAAGCUUCGUUUGACGCCUCAUACCAAGUGUACAAACUCUACCAGAUGGCCAUUCACAAGGACCCACCUGACAAACCAAGCGAGAACCAGUUUAAGAGGUUCCUCUGCGACUCUCCUUUGGAGGCUGAGACUGCUCCUGAUGGUCCUGAUGUAGGAUACGGCUCGUUUCAUCAGCAGUACUGGCUGGAUGGCAGAAUAGUAGCCGUGGGGGUUUUGGACAUCCUGCCCUCUUGUGUGUCCUCUGUGUAUCUGUAUUACCACCCUGACUUCGCCUCGCUCUCACUGGGCACCUAUUCUGCUCUCAGGGAGAUUGCCUUCACCAGGCAGUUGCAGCAGCAGUCACCCAAACUCGCCUACUACUAUCUGGGUUUCUACGUCCAUUCGUGCCCGAAGAUGCGCUAUAAGGUACGUCUCUGCAUUGACUCAUCCAUUCUUGCUAGAAACCCUGAAUUCUGCAGUGUCAUAAAUAUUUGA